CGACGUCUGUUAAGACUACCAACCGCCAUCUUCUUGCUGUGGUUUUUUGUAUUGCUAUGGGGUGAGCGCACUGCCUUUAGUAGCAGUAUUGAUGCCUGCAAUUGGGACCAAUGGGAGAAAUGGCCUUCAGAUGCGCAACCUCACCGCAUUGCCCUGAUCGCCGACCCUCAGCUCGUUGACCCACACACAUAUCCUGGUCGACCAUGGCCCCUCUCCUCGUUGACCAUUGCUGCGACCGACAAGUACAUCAAGCGAUCCUACUAUCUGCUACAACGCCACAUCGAUCCUGACACCACUUUGUUCUUGGGUGACUUGUUUGAUGGAGGAAGAGAAUGGUCUACACACUUCGAAGGCUUUCAGCCAUCCGAGCAGCAAUGGAAAAAAUAUGGCGACAACUACUGGCUCAACGAAUACGACCGCUUCGGCAAGAUAUUCUUUGAUCAAAACCAGGUUACUGGAGGUCUGCCUGCCCACAAGGUCAAGAAGUUCGUCGCCAGUCUACCCGGCAACCACGACUUGGGCUUUGGAAACGGCGUUCAAGUGCCGAUCCGAAACCGCUACCAAGCCUACUUUGGCGAAGGUGACAGGAUAGAUGUCGUAGGAAACCACACCUUUGUCAGCAUCGACGCCGUAAGCUUGAGUGCCAUGGGCCAACCAGACAGUUCUCCAGAGCUUUGGAAUGCUACUAUGGAGUUUCUUGACAAUGCCCAAGACCUCAAAUACAAGGCUGUGCGCGCAGAGCUCAAAGAACGACAGGGCCUGAUACCACACAGAAGAUGGGCUCACGAAGUCACGCAUCCUCGGGAUCUAGGUCGCCUGCCUACCAAGGAAGAGCUAGCGAAAGAGUCGAAGCCUGAAUUUCCAACGAUCCUCCUCAGUCAUGUACCCCUGUACCGCCCAGAGGGCACUCCUUGUGGUCCCCUUCGCGAAAAAUACCCGCCUAGAGCGCCGAACCUCGAGAUCGACAAGCCCAAUGCCAUACGUAUUGCCGGCGGCUAUCAAUACCAGAAUGUCUUGACGCAGGAGAUUUCUACCAUAGUUGCUCAGAAAAUUGGUAACAUUGCUCAUGCCUUUACUGGUGAUGAUCAUGAUUACUGUGAGGUUACGCAUCCAUAUUACGCCUCGAGACACGAUAGAGGUAUUCAUGAGAUCACAGUCAAGAGUAUAAGUUGGGCGAUGGGCGUCCGCAAACCAGGUUUCGUACUAGUCAGUCUCUGGAACCCAGUCGAUGGAAACGGGGAAUCUCUUCGAGACGGACCGACGCUGCAAACCCACCUUUGCCUCCUGCCAGACCAGCUCAGCAUUUUUAUCGUCUAUGGCAUCCUUGCGGCGUUCUCGAUAAUCGCCCUGGCCAUCAACACCUUGGUCCAAGUCAGAAAUGAAGAAGCCGCAGCUUCAAUGCCAAACUUCCUUCCAACAACGGAGCCGAACACAUACACAAAACCACGCACUCGCUCUCCCUCAGGCGCAACAAACUCCAUGUCCUCCGAACAUUCGAAUGGCAAACUCUCCGCUCGCUCUGCAAAUGCCAGAACCCGCAGCGUCAGUCCAGCACCAGGCUACGGUCUGCCUACAGCUCGACCCACCGGAACACCACUGAUAGAAAAAGCGGGAUAU